AUGGCAACCUCAGACGUCAAAUACUCGGAGAAGAUCUACGCCCUCAUAAACUACGAAGACCCCUACGUCCAACCCCUCAUCCUCGCCGCCCUCCAAAAACGUCUCCCAGAAUCGUCCUAUGAAGUCAUCACCUCAGUCUCUCAGCUGCCCAGCCCCUCCUCCCGCCUCCUGCAAUGGGUGCAAUACGAAUCCAUCGACUUCGACCACCUCAUGUCCAACCCCUCCACCACCCUCUCCAACGCCUACAUAAUCCGCAAAGCCCUAAUCCGGAAACACUACCUCAGCACCACCAUCGCAAAUUGGAUUACCAAGUACCCAGAUAGUGUGUUGAAGAGGCAUGUAAAACCGAGUGUGGAGUUUGAAGUCGACUAUGCGGAGUUUUUGGAUGAUGCGUUGGUGGAGGCGUGGGAGUUGAAGGAGAGUUGGGCGAGGAAUGAAAGUUUGGGAGAGGGGGGGGAGGAGAAGAAAGAGUGGUGGAUUCUUAAACCGGGCAUGAGUGAGAGGGGGCAGGGGAUCAGGUUGUUUAGCAGUGAGGAGGAGUUGGUGGGGAUUUUUGAGGAGUGGGAUCCUGAGAGUGACGAUGAGGAUGAAGAUGAAGAAGAAGAGGGGGGUGCAAGAAGUGACGCCGGCGCCAACAGCAGUCUCAGCAUUGGCGAGCAGCGGAAAGAUAAGAAAGAGGAAAAAGAGGAGGGAAACGGCAUCAUAACAUCCCAACUCCGCCACUUCAUCGCACAACCUUACAUUCACCCGCCGUUACUCCUCUCUCCUCCCUCCCUUCCCUCCCCCUCCCCUCCCCCUCCCUCUCCGCUCCGCAAAUUCCACAUCCGGACUUACGUCCUCGCCACCUCCGCCCUCCAAGUCUACAUCUACCGCCCCAUGCUCGCUCUCUUCGCUGCGCGGCCGUACGUCCCGCCUUGGGACGACGUGUUACAAACCGACCGCGAUGAGGCUAUGCGAGCGCAUCUGACGAAUACGUGUCUGCAAGAGAGCGGGGAUAGGGAGGGGAGUGUGGGAUUGUUCUGGGAUCUCCCUUCUUCCCUACCCCAACAGCCCGAUCUCGGGUCUGUCAAAAUGGAUGCACAGGCAGAUUGGAAAGACAAAGUGUUCGAACAAAUAAAAGAAACUACAGGCGCGACUUUUGAAGCUGCGGCGAGGGGGAUGUCGAUUCAUUUCCAGCCGCUGCCCAACAGCUUUGAGAUUUUCGGGCUGGAUUUCAUGGUAGGCAUUGAACCGGAUGGACAGCUGAACACGUAUCUGCUAGAGGUGAACGCAUUCCCUGAUUUCAGGCAGACGGGGAGCGAGUUGAGUGGCAUGAUUGAAGGGCUUUUCGAGGGGGUGGUUAAUAGGGGGGUUGUGCCUUUCUUUGGGGUGAAGGGAGAGGGAGGGGAUGAAGGGGAUGAUGGGAUGGUCAAGGUGUUGGAUAUUGAUCUGGGGCGGCGGUGA